AUGGAUAUGGCACAAGAUGGUAUGUCCAAGAAGGUCUCAUCACUGCUUGAGAAGAAAGAUGCUGCCAUUGAAGACCUAACUUCCAUAAGGAAAGAAGCAGAGGGGACCAACUCCGCGAAGGACAAGAGGGAAACAUUGAUUUCUGGAGAACCGAGGGAGUACAUGUCACAGAAGAGGACCAGACUGGCCAGCAAGGUGAAAGCAGCACUUAAGAAGGCCGGCAAGAAGGACAAGAGGGAAACAUUGAUUUCUGGAGAACCGAGGGAGUACAUGUCACAGAAGAGGACCAGACUGGCCAGCAAGGUGAAAGCAGCACUUAAGAAGGCCGGCAAGAAGGACAAGAGGGAAACAUUGAUUUCUGGAGAACCGAGGGAGUACAUGUCACAGAAGAGGACCAGACUGGCCAGCAAGGUGAAAGCAGCACUUAAGAAGGCCGGCAAGAUUUUGCGGAAAGCGAAGCCCAGGAAGAAGAGACCUACGAUGUAUGCGAUCAUAGCCUCUACACUCAAAUUUCAUAAAGCUGAGGACAUGGAUCCUGCAGAUGCUGGAUCUGCAAGCAGGAGCUGA